AUGGCAUCCUCGGCGCCCCAGAUUUUGACCCAACUCAGCCUUCAGUUCUUCCCGUCAACUGGAUCAUGCUCGAUUGAUAUUGCGGCCGCCAUCCAGCUCGGCCGGUGCGGCUAUAUUGACAUAAGCGUCGAGGAGCAGCACCACGUCGACGUACUACCCGACAAGAUCUGCGUCACGCCCACGCAGCCCGAGUCGUCCGUGGCUUCAUAUGCACCACCGGCGCCCGUCCGUACCAGCCCUCCAAAGCCGCAGGUGCCCAUUGGUGGAAAUGGCAACGGCAACGGGAAUGGCAACUCGGGAAAUGGGAAUGGGAAUGAUAACGGCAACAACAAUGGCGGCAGUAGUGUCAAUGGCAAUGGAAACGGAAAUGCAAAUUCGGGGAACGGAAACGGUAACCACAACGGCAAUGGCAACAGUGAUGGCAGCAUCAAUGGCAACGGGAAUGGGAAUCAUAAUUCGGGCAGCAACAAUGGCAAUAAUAACGGCAAUAACAACAACAAUGUCAUUGGAUACAGCAAGAAUAAUUUCGGCAUCAUCAACAAUGGCGGGAGCGGCAACCACAAUCAAGGCAGCAAUAAAGAUGACGAGCACAAUGGCGGCGGCAGUAGCACUGGUUCGGCUUCCCAUAGCACCACCACUUACACCACGACCCCCGUCAUCGCCCUGCCCGAGUACUGCCAAAAGUCGACUUACGAAAUCGACAUGACUUCCAUCCGGGGCCUCUCGACAGCGGAUAUCGAAGCCCACCUGGCCGUACUAGGUCUACACCUAGACGUCAAUGUGGACCUGGGCUUGGGCCUCGGGGAGUUGCUAGGCGGUCUCCUGGGGAGCGGUUCCUCUUCCCGCGACGACGCCGUCGCCGACGCCGCUGUCCGCGAGGCUCUCCACCAUAUUUACAAUGUCGGCUGCGGACGCAGUCUGCACGCAUACCCCGGCGCCGUGAGGGCGCAGCGGGUCGUUGCGGACAUGCCGGCGUGUCUGGAUGCGUGUUCGGUGGCCGCGGUGCGGUCGGGUCGCGCGCUCGAGUGUGUGGGGGCUACGUAUAGGCGUAGCAGCAGCAGCAGCAGCAGCAGCAAUGGGGCUGUGACGACGACUACGACUGAAACGGAAGAAACAAAUUGUUGGUUUGUACUGGGAGAGACGCAUGAUAUCCUGGAUAUCAAUGUCUCGGUCGAGUUGGAGAUGUAUGACAGUUUGUUCAUUGCUGCGUAG